AUGUCUGGAGGUCCCAAAUUGAGGUCUAUGAAUGUUGCUGAUUCAGAAGCAAGACCUGUGCUUGGACCAGCUGGAAACAAGACAGGGUCUUUGAGUUCAAGGAAACCAGCUUCAAAGCCACUGAGGAAAGUUGAUAUAUUUCUGGAUGAGGUUGCAUCAGUCAAAGAGAAGAAAUCCCAACAAGUGUUGUCCUCAAUUGUCACUUCCUCUUCUCAGUCGCAUUCUGUCAGCGUUUCUUCUCUACUCUGCCGGCAUGAGCAGUUACUUCAUUCUAAUUUAUCUCUGAAUGCUUCAUGUUCAUCUGAUGCCUCCACUGAUUCAUUUCAUAGUAGAGCAUCUACUGGAAGAUUGACUCGGUCCUAUAGCCUUGGUAGCAGAAAGAAGCUGCAUGUGUCAAAGCCAAGAAGUGUUGUUUCUGAUGGUGCGUUAGAGUCCCCUCCUGAUGGUUCACAGUCCAAGAAGAGGUGUACCUGGGUCACUCCUAAUACUGAACCAUGUUAUGCUACUUUCCACGACGAAGAAUGGGGAGUUCCGGUACAUGAUGACAAGAAAUUAUUUGAGCUUCUUGUACUUUCAAGUGUUCUGGCUGAACUCACAUGGCCAGCUAUUCUAAGCAAAAGAUAUAUUUUUAGGGAAGUUUUUUCAGACUUUGAUCCAAUUGCUGUGUCAAAAUUGAAUGAGAAGAAGAUGAUGGCACCAGGAACUAUUGCAAGCUCCCUACUUUCUGAACAUAAAUUGCGUGCCAUAAUUGAGAAUGCACGUCAAAUUUCAAAGGUCAUAGAUGAGUUUGGGUCCUUUGACAAGUAUAUUUGGAGUUUUGUGAACCACAAGCCCAUAGUUAACAGGUUCAGAUAUCCAAGACAGGUUCCUGUGAAAACACCAAAGGCUGAUGUUAUUAGCAAAGACCUUGUUAGAAGAGGCUUGCGCGGUGUAGGCCCCACAGUGGUAUAUUCCUUCAUGCAAGUUGCUGGUUUAACCAAUGACCAUAUCAUCAGUUGCUACAGAUUUCAGGAAUGUAUAGCUGCAGCAGAAGGGAGGGAAGAGAAUGGCAUCAUUGAUAGUAAUGCUGAGCACGAGGACAGUGAUAACGCGAUGGAAUCCGAUCUAUCUAUUGCCAUUGAUGAUUUGAGUUUCCCGUCUGAAUGAUUGUUCAACAGUGGUGUUAGUGUAAUA